UGUCACAGGAGCUACUGCUUGCAACUUCUUCGGCCUCUCUCCGAAAGAAUGAAUUACACAAGUUAUAUCUUGGUUGUUCAGCUCUGUAUCCUUUUGGGUUCUUCGGGCUGUUACUGCCAGGGUGCAUUUUUUAAAGAAAUAGACGACCUUAAGGAAUAUUUUAAUGCAAGUGGUCCAGAUGUAGCAGAUGGUAGGAAUGUUUUCCUAGAUAUUUUGAAGAAAUGGAAAGAGGAGAGUGACAAAAAAAUAAUUCAGAGCCAAAUUGUGUCCUUCUACUUCAAACUCUUUGAAAAUCAUAAAGACAACCAGACCAUCAAAAAGAGUAUGGAGACCAUCAAGGAAGAUCUGAUUGCCAAGCUUUUCAAUGGCAGCCGCAGCAAACUGGAGGACUUUCAACAGCUGACUAAACUUUCGUUAAAUGACCCACAGGUCCAGCGUAAAGCCAUAAGUGAACUCCACCACGUGAUGAACGACUUGUCGUCGAGAACCAACCAAAGAAAGCGAAAAAGAAGUCAGAUGCCGUUUCGAGGUCGGAGAGCAUCCAAAUAA